UACCUUGUACUUGCAUUAUUUUACUACACCAAUUCAUUGAUGUAACAAAAUUUCCUAGCUUUACAGUGUAUGUGGUUACACCGGUUUUCAGUUUAUUAUACUGGAUGCUAAGCAAAGUGGAGGGCACACUGCACAUACAUACAUAUAUAUAUAACAUAUCUUUCUAUUAAAACGACUCCACCAAUACAUAUGAAAAAUGAAGCUAACUUUGUAACUUACGAAGUAAUUUGUGGCGAUAUAACGAAUAAUUAACAAAUUAACAUGCAUAAAUGCAACAAUAACAAUAAAGUUAAUUAUUUGAAAAGUUCGUUUGCCUGUUUCAAAGAUUGGUACGAAGCCGAACUGAACGUGAAUUUGUUAUGCUGUAAUACCGUUCGAACACAUAAGUGAUUGUAUGUUUAAUGGCUCACUUGCACUUUUUACCGUUAUAUAUGAAAACAUUCAUCCUCAGAUGGAGUAUAAAUCAAAUAUGGAAUCUAUUGUUAGACCACAUUCAGUUCAAUAACGUCUUGGCGCAACAUACUUAGUGAACAAAAUUAAAAGUUUUAGUAUACUGUUAUAUCAUAAAAAGGACGCGUCUUGUAAAAUGCUUAAAUCUAUUCUCGUUUCUACGUGUUUUGUUAUGGCUAUAAGUGCGGUAAAAGUUCAUGAAUUUGAUCAUCAUGAUUAUAAACAAUUGGAACAUUUAAAAAAUGAUGCUGAGCCUGAAGAAACGGAGCAUCAUCAUGAAGUGGAGCAUAAACAUGCAAUUUCCCAUCAAAGCGUAAAGUUUCACCAUUUUCACCCAGUGCCGGUUUAUGUUAAAAAAGAAGAUCAACAUUUACUUAAGAAACCUAUUGAAAUUGGGGGCACUAAACAAAAAUUAAAGAUCUUACAUCCCAAAACCGAACAUAAUCACAAUUAUGGCUUAGUGUUAGAGGAACACAGUGAAUCGCAUGUACAUGAUCAUGGUCACUAUGAGCAACUACAAAAUGAUGACCACUAUGAACAUUAUCAACAUCAUGAGUAAAUAAAAUUUGGUUACCUUAAUUAUGCUUUAAGAAUACUAAAUUUUGACUGUA